GGUGUUGGAGUAGUGCACGUCGGAGAUUGAGAAGGAUUUGGCUCAAGUGGACGAUGACGAUGGACAUUAGACAGUCUCGGUUGAAUGUGAAAAUUAACGGACAUUGUGUGACAAGUACUUGCGAUAGUGACGUGAGUGGAAUUGAAAUGGCUCAGACCAAGUUGGAUAAUUUCAGAACCGGCAAAAACCCCGGGAAAAGGUCUUUCGAUGUGGCAUUUCUGAUGAUGCCGGAUGAAAAGUUGAAAACUAAGCAAGUGAAGAAAGUGCAUUCUCCGACGAUUGAUGUGGAAAGUGAUUCGACCCAGUCCACCAGGUCUGAAGAUUUGUCAGUGAAAAAUGGUUUCAGUCCGAUUCGUCCGGUUGAGGAAAGGAAUUUUAACUUGGAUUUGCUCAGCCGACCACGACCGCAGGAAGGCAGUCCACAUUCCAUGCAUGAGCUGAGCAAUGAUCGGCUAGCAUACAUGCUACCGAAUGCUAGGUUUUAUGAAAAUCCAAGCCUGAUGGCAAUCCGCGAGAAGGCUGCUGGUAAUUUCCUCGAUUCAGAUCUUCCACGGAGUGCAUUUUCAAAAGUAACCAGCAUCACAGUGUCAGAUUCUCCCAUACCUCCGCUAAGUCCCGAUCAGCAUAGCUGUCCGUCAACUAGCCCACCCAUUUCCAUUAGCCCUGGCGCUCCGGGUAACUUUCGGUACGACUACCCAUUCAUGAAUGGGAGCCCACAAUCACCGCCGGAGCUAACUCCAUCGCCACCAUCCAAAACGAAGCCACAGAUGAUGUUUCGACCACCCAUCCAAGAUCCGGAACUUCCCCAGGCAUACUUCCCGUCGCCUCCGUUUAUGCCGUUCGGCCCAGGAGCACCGCCAGGACUGCUCCCCGAAGUGGACGGAAUUAUCCGCAAUCCGGCAGCGGCGGCAAUCCUCUCGACACUGCUGCCGACGGCGAUGGGAGCGUUUUCCCUGUCGGCACAAAACACCUGCGCCAAGUGCAACAUCAGCUUCCGGAUGACGAGCGACCUGGUGUACCAUAUGCGGUCGCACCACAAGAACGACCACCAGCAGGAUCCGCAGCGGAGGAAACGCGAAGAGAAGCUCAAGUGUCCGGUGUGCAACGAGAGCUUCCGGGAGCGGCACCAUCUGACGAGGCACAUGACGGCCCACCAGGACAAGGCCGGUGAUCUGCUGGACCCGAAGAAGCGGAGCGCCGAGCAGCGGGCCGCCGCAGGCCGAUCAUAGUGGAAGCGGGGUAGGAUGUGUUAAGAUAUUUAGUAAGUAGCGAUGUUCUGUAGGUUAUUGGGAGUUAAGGGUUCGGCUAUGGGCGGAUGAUUCUAAGUGGG